AUGGGCAAAGGAAAUCAGACAAUUUUAUGGAGGUGGGGGAGCACAAGUGUAGGUGUGUUGAACAAAUUAUAUAUAGAGAAUUAUAAGUCGUGCGAAAGCCUAAAGGAAAACACCUUUAAGGGGAUGGCGGAAGAGCGCGUAAAAACGCAUCAUUAAAAUAAGAGGAUCCGCAGUUGCCUGGCUACUGACUGGAGCUGCUUCGCCGCUCCCGCCUCCCGCUCGUCUCGCAUACAGCGAAGCUGUACCCGUCAAUGAGCAUACACGGGGGUCUGCCGACUCUCGCCGUCCGCUUGAAACGAGAACAUCAAACGUUUUGUGCGGUCGGAAGUCGAUUGCGAGCAGCGUUUCGCCCCAAGGAUCCAAAAAACCGAGAUGGAUAUUCUUAAGUGGUUCACAAAAAACGAUACCGAUGUAAAGAUAAAAAUGUCCCAGGUGAAACAGGUGGGGCUUCUGGCUGCAGGAUGCCAACCCUGGAACAAAGACGUGUGUGCGGCCAGUGGAGAUAGGUUUGCCUAUUGUGCGACGCUCGCAAUAUAUGUUUACCAGCUGGAUCACAGGUACAAUGAGUUCAAGCUUCGCGCAAUCAUGUCCGAACACAAGAAGACCAUCACGGCGAUAUCGUGGUGUCCCCACAACCCGGAGGUGUUCGCCAGCGCCAGCGCAGACAACCUGCUAAUCAUCUGGAACGUGGCCGAGCAGAAAUCGGUGGCGCGGCUGGAUAACACUAAGGGAAUCCCUGCUUCUCUGAGCUGGUGCUGGAACGCUGGUGAUGCGGUUGCCUUCGUCUCACACCGGGGCCCGCUCUACAUCUGGACCGUGUCGGGACCGGAUUCGGGCGUGGCCGUGCACAAGGAAGCCCACAGUUUCCUGUCUGACAUCUGCCUGUUCCGCUGGCACCCCACGAAGCGGGGAAAGGUCGUCUUCGGGCACACGGAUGGGAGCUUGUCCAUCUUCCAGCCUGGCUCUAAGAAUCAGAAGCACGUCCUGAGGCCAGAGUCUUUGGAGGGUACUGAUGAGGAGGACCCGGUCACUGCCCUGGAGUGGGACCCCCUGUCCACCGACUACCUCCUGGUGGCCAACCUGCACAACGGCAUUCGUUUGGUGGACUCAGAGUCUCUGUCAUGCAUCACCACCUUCAGCUUCCCAAGCUCUGCUGCUUCCGUACAGUGCCUGGCCUGGGUCCCCAGUGCCCCUGGCAUGUUCAUUACAGGAGAUUCACAGGUGGGUGUGUUGAGGGUAUGGAACGUGUCGAGGACUACGCCGCUGGACAAUUUCAAGCUGAAGAAGACCGGCUUCCAUGCGUUGCACGUGCUGAACUCCCCACCCGCUAAGAAAGCCAUUGCGUCGAUCUCCCCGACCAAAAACCACCACACGUCCUCCACCAGCGAGGCCGUCCCCCCGCCCACGCUGUCCCAGAACCGGGCCUUCUCUCUGCCCCCAGGCCAUGCCGUCUGCUGCUUCAUGGAUGGGGGCGUGGGGCUGUACGACAUGGGGGCCAAGAAGUGGGAUUUCCUCAGAGAUCUGGGACACGUGGAGACGAUAUUUGACUGCAAAUUCAAACCGGAUGACCCAAAUCUCCUGGCAACUGCAUCUUUUGAUGGGACCAUAAAAGUGUGGGACAUUAACACAUUGACCGCGGUUUACACAUCACCAGGAAAUGAAGGGGUUGUCUACUCACUCUCCUGGGCUCCAGGAGACCUGAACUGUAUUGCCGGUGCCACGUCUCGAAAUGGUGGCUUCAUCUGGGAUGUGAAAAAAGGCAAAAUGAUCACCAGGUUUAACGAGCAUGGGAAAAACGGGAUCUUCUGCAUCGCUUGGAGCCACAAAGACUCAAAAAGAAUCGCUACGUGCAGUGGAGAUGGCUUCUGCAUAAUCCGCACGAUCGACGGAAAGGUGCUACACAAAUAUAAGCAUCCCGCUGCGGUGUUCGGCUGCGACUGGAGCCAAAACAACAAAGACAUGAUCGCCACCGGCUGUGAGGAUAAGAACGUGCGGGUGUACUACCUGGCCACCAGCUCGGACCAGCCGCUCAAGGUGUUCACCGGCCACACCGCCAAGGUGUUCCACGUCCGGUGGUCACCCCUGAGGGAGGGCAUCCUCUGCAGCGGAUCUGACGAUGGGACCGUGCGAAUUUGGGACUACACUCAGGACGCCUGUAUCAACGUGCUGAGCGGCCACACUGCACCCGUUAGGGGUCUGAUGUGGAACACUGAGGUCCCGUACCUGCUGACCUCCGGGAGCUGGGACUACACCAUCCGAGUUUGGGACACCCGAGACGGGACGUGUCUGGACACUGUGUACGAUCAUGGGGCAGACGUCUAUGGUUUGACGUGUCACCCCAGCCGCCCCUUCACCAUGGCCUCCUGUUCCCGGGACUCCACAGUCAGGCUGUGGUCUCUCACCCCCCUCAUCGCCCCUCUCCUCAUCAACAUCUUGGUCGAUCGCAGCUGGGAUGACAUCAUCGGGAACACAGAUCGUGCAAUGGUGCCUGGUGCCCCUCCCCUUCUCUGUGGUAAAGUAUCCAGGGACAUCAAACAGGAGCUGGAUAAAUUGUCUAGUGAUGUUCGUGUGAAGAAACUGAGGUGGUUCUCUGAGUGUUUCUCUCCUCCUGGCGGAAGUAACAACCUUUGGGACCUUGUAGCCGUGACGACGGGUCAGGAUGACAGCUUGCUACCCCAGAGCUAUGGAAAGGGCAUCAUGCACAUGAAACACUUGGUCAGGUUCAAGACUUCAGAGGCGCAGGAGCUGACGAUAGUGAAGAUGUCCAAGUUCGGAGGAGGGAUAGGAGCUCCAAGUAAGGAGGAGAGGCUGAGGGACGCCGCUGAGAUUCACCUGCGGCUGGGACAGAUACAGAGAUACUGCGAGCUCAUGGUGGAGCUGGGAGAGUGGGAUAAAGCACUAUCAGUGGCACCUGGUGUAUCCUUGAAAUAUUGGAAAAAACUGAUGCAAAGGAGAGCUGACCAGCUUAUGCAAGAGGACAACAAUGAUGUUAUCCCAUACUGCAUAGCAACAGGCGACGUGAAGAAACUGGUCAAUUUCUUCACCUCUAGGGGCCAACUGAAGGAGGCCCUACUCGUUGCCCAGGGUGCAUGUGAGGGGAACAUUCACGUGCCGCAAACCUCUUCGAUAAACCACUCCGCGAGCACAGACGAAGACAACAUCAGCAUGUACAACGGGCUGCUGCACGGCGUCUGUACAGAGCUGGCAGAGUGGUACUUUCAGGACGGGCGAGCGAUACUGGCAGCCUGCUGUCACCUGGCAGUGGAUAACACAGAGUUGGCAAUGGCCAGUCUGAUUAGGGGUAAUGAGCUGGAACUGGCCGUAUGCGUUGGAAUGGUGCUGGGAGAGGCAGCCAAUCAGGCGACACAUUACGUCUUGGAACUUCUGGCCAGGAAGUACAUGACUGCUCCCGCCUGCUUUCCAUCUGUUGGAUACAGGGACCUGGCUGCCGAUCUGUUACAAAUGAUUCCAGACAACGAAAUCCUAUUGGUCAAGCUGUGUGCAUUCUACCCAGGGAGUGCUGCAGAAAUCAAUGAUCUUCAUGAAAAAUGCAGUCUGCCAAGUUUAGAAGAAUGUAAAGAAUUAGGGGAACAGGCGUACAGUGAUGGAGAGAUUUUCCAAGCUGUUAAAUACUACCUUUUGAGUCAAGAGCCAGAGAAAGCCCUGCCUAUAGGAAUCUCAUUUGUUAAAGAACAACUUAGCAGGACUGACUGGACUUUGAAUUCAGUGCAUCCCAUCCUCGAUCUGCUAAGUUACAUCCGAACCGAUAGGCUCAUUCUUCCUAAAGUUAACGAGAGCCAUAAUGAGCUGCUCAUCCUCUGUGGGUACAUCGGUGCUCUCCUGGCUAUCCGGAGGCAGUACUCUAGCAUCGUUCCUGCUCUGUACGAGUACACCAGCCAGCUGCUGAAGAGGCGGGAGGUGUCCAUCCCUCUGGAGAUCCAGCAGCUCUCUGUGGAGCUGGACGCGUGGCGGGCCUGCACAAUGCCUCACAACAAGUCCCCUGAGGAGGUGACAUAUACGCCCCCGUCUGAGGCCCAGAAGGCUGAGUACGCCCUCCUGCUGGGCCGAAUUAGGGAGGAGCCCCUCAGGGGGAUGGAGGGGCCGGACUAUGUGACCGGCUCAAACCUCCCCAGCCACUCCGACGUCCAGGUCUCCUGUUUCACAGGCCUGCGGAUACAGGGCCCUGUAUUUUUCCUUGAAGAUGGGAAGUCAGCGAUUUCGCUCAACGACGCCCUGAUGUGGGCCAAAGUGAAUCCGUUCUCACCGCUUGGCACAGGGAUGCGCAUUAACCCCUUCUGAACACAGCGUACGGUAAAGCUAGCCAGCAGCGCUUGGCCGUUGUGACAGAGAGGCACAGGCAGAGACACGGCGGGUGUGUGAGUAUCUGGUUUGGAGGGUAUCUUUGUCGGAAGAACAGGGGGAGCGACAGCUCAAGAUGGGCGACGAUAGAAUUGUCAAAAAGUGCCGUGAGGUGAACGGUCGAUUGUGAAUUCCAAAGGUUGUCCUCCCGCGGUUUGCGGCAUGGAGAAAUGCACAGAGUUUGUGCUAAAAACAGGCUGAUUGGCAGAGGGAAACAUGAAAGAUAAUUGGUUAACAUUCACACAAGCACCUUUACUGAAAGGAUGGAACAGAGUGCUUAAGUGCACCAGCAUUUGAAUUAGAUUUUAAUGUGACAAAACAAAUCUGUUUUUUUUUUUUUUACCUAUUUGGUCAGAACGCAUGAUCCUUAUGGAAAAAAAAUACAUUUUAAUGCAGGAUGGUAGAUGUAUUCUCGAACUGAAAACGCUUCUUCCAAAGUGGUUUGAGAAAAAUCUGGAAGGAAAAAA